AUGGAACCUCCAAUACUUUUUCUAAUCACACUAUCAUUCUUUUUUCAAUCACUUCUCCUUUCUUCUUCUCAAACUCUAUCAAACUCUUCUACAAUCUGCAAAACGACGCCGGAUCCAAAAUAUUGCAAAUCCGUUUUCCCACAUAGCCAAGGCAAUGUUCAACAAUACGGCCGCUUCUCCAUCCGCAAAUCGCUAUCGCAAUCGCGAAAAUUCAUCCGUACCAUUGAUAGAUACUUAAAACGCAACGCUCAUUUAUCUCAACCCGCCGUUACAAGAGCGCUCCAAGAUUGCCGUUUCCUCGCCGGUUUAACAAUGGAUUAUCUCUUAACGUCGUUUGAAACCGUUAACGACACGUCAGCAAAAUCAACCUCAUUCCAAACGCUGUCGUUUCCAAAAGCUGACGCCGUCCAAACGCUUCUCUCCGCGGCGUUGACUAACGAGCAGACGUGUCUUGAGGGACUUACCACCGCCGCUUCAUCUUCCGCCACGUGGACAGUACGAAACGGCGUCGCUUUGCCUCUCGUUAACGAUACGAAGCUCUUUAGCGUCUCGCUCGCUCUAUUCACCAAAGGAUGGGUCCCGAAGAAGAAGAAACGGGCCGGGUUUGCUUGGGCCCAACCGAGAUCCGGAUCAUCCACCCACACUAAACCGUUCCGUCUGUUCCGUAACGGAGCUCUACCGUUAAAAAUGACGGAAAAAACAAAAGCCGUUUACGAGUCACUACGCAGGAGAAAACUCGCCGACAGUGACGACGGAGACGACGGAAGCAUGGUUCUGAUAAGCGAUAUCGUCACCGUGUGUCAAGACGGUACUGGAAAUUUCUCCAACAUUACGGCGGCCGUCGCGGCGGCGCCGAAUAACACCGACGGAAGCGGCGGUUUCUUCUUGAUCUACGUGUCGGCGGGAAUCUACGAAGAAUACGUCUCGAUCGCAAAGAACAAAAGGUAUUUGAUGAUGAUCGGAGACGGGAUAAAUCAAACGGUGGUCACCGGAAACAGAAGCGUCGUUGACGGUUGGACGACUUUCAACUCCGCCACAUUUGCUGUGACAGCACCAAACUUCGUUGCGGUGAACAUAACUUUCCGGAACACGGCCGGACCGGAGAAGCACCAGGCGGUUGCAUUACGAAGCGGCGCAGAUUUCUCGGUCUUCUAUAGUUGUAGUUUUGAGGCUUAUCAAGAUACACUCUACACGCAUUCUCUAAGACAGUUCUAUAGAGAAUGUGAUGUUUAUGGAACGGUAGAUUUUAUAUUCGGUAACGCGGCAGUAGUGCUUCAAAACUGCAAUUUAUACCCGAGGAAACCGAUGCCGAACCAGUUCAAUGCCAUAACCGCGCAAGGCCGGUCUGAUCCGAAUCAGAACACGGGUACGACGAUUCACAAUUGUACGAUUAAACCAGCGGAUGAUCUUGCUUCGAGUAACUAUACGGUUCGAACGUAUUUGGGUAGACCGUGGAAAGAGUAUUCACGGACGGUUUAUAUGCAAUCGUACAUUGAUGGUUUUGUUGAACCGGUUGGUUGGAGAGGAUGGAACGGCGAUUUCGCGUUGAGUACGUUGUACUAUGCAGAGUAUAAUAAUACUGGACCGGGUUCAAACACUACAAACCGAGUUACAUGGCCCGGUUAUCACGUGAUUAAUUCGACCGAUGCAGCUAAUUUCACGAUCACUGGUUUAUUUCUCGAGCAUGAUUGGAUCUGGAAGACCGGCGUGCCUUACACAAGCGGUUUAAUUUUGUAA